AUCAACCGAGACGGGACCUUAUUUUACAAUGGUCAAAGGUUACAUAUGAAAUGAGUGAAUAAACAAGUCGCUAAACGAAGGUCCCCUCCAUGUGUGAGCUUCGACUACCUUAUUCAUGCUCUUUACUGUAGGGACAAGAUUGUGCAAAUCGGCAACAACCGGUUCGAGGGUAUGUCAGAAAGCGGUAAAAAGUUUUGCGUGGAAUAUGCAAAGCGAGGAGCAGCGGCCUGCAAAAAGUGCAAAGUGAAAAUAGACAAGGGACUUCUUAGGAUUGCCAAGAUUGUACCCAAUCCCUUUACUGACGGCGGAAGUGAGAUGAAAGAAUGGUAUCAUACAGAUUGUAUGUUUGAAUCGUUCCAAAGAGCGCGAGCGACUACUAAGAAAAUUGAGGAUGCUGAAGACCUUGAGGGGUUUCAAGAGCUUGAACAGGAUGAUCGAAAGAAAAUCCUAACAAAGAUUCAUCAACUUCAGGAAUCAUUGACAAUGAAAGCGAAGACGAAAACAACCGCAAAAAAGUUGCCAGCCAAAAGAGAUUCCGAGGAGCCGAUUGGAGCCAAUGUUAACUCAUUACAUAUUAGUGAGGCAAAACGUAAGAAGUUGGAUCAAAAUAGAGCAGACAUACAAGUAUCAAGAACAGACGAAUCCAGCAAGGAUAAUUCCUUUAAGGAAUUUAGAAAACUGUGCGCUAAGUUGUACGACGAAUCGGCGUACACGGCCAAAACUGCUAUCGUUCGAAACUUUUUCGAAAAAGGAACAUGUGGAAAAGGAUUCGAAGGUGAUACCUACCUCUGGGUAAAGUUUCUUCUGCCUUCGGUUAACAAACGCAUCUAUAAUUUACAGAGCAAGCAACUUUGCAAAUUGUUUGCCAGGGUAUUUGGCGGUCCCAUAUACGACUCCAUGGUGGAAGACUUGGAGCAAGGUGAUGUCGCGGAGACUGUCGCAAAGUUUCACGAGGAGGCCAUUAAAUGUCCUCCAACUCCGAAAGCUAAUCUCUCGUUGCAACAAGUCGACAGAUACCUUGAAAGAUUGUCCAGGUUGACUCGCGAAGAUGACCAAGCCGCCUUACUCGACGAGAUCGCCCAUAGUUGCACCGUCAAUGAUCUUAAAAUGAUUGUCAGGUUAAUUAAACAUGAUAUCCGAAUCAACGCCGGGCCAAAACAUAUCCUAGAUGCUCUUAAUCCGGCCGCAUAUGAAGCUUUCCAUGCAUCGUUGGAUCUCGAAGAAGUUGUGCGUCAAAGCCUCGCAGAAGGCUUUGGUUCCGGUGUAGUAACUGUAGGCAUCAAGAUAUGUACGCCCGUGAAGCCAAUGCUAGCUGAACCUUGUCGCUCUGUGGAUUUCGCCUUUAAAAGAUUUCCUAAUGGAAUGUUUGCUGAAGUUAAAUACGACGGAGAGCGGGUGCAGUUACAUAAGCGCGGCAACGAGUUUUUUUUCUACUCACGGAGUCUAAAACCCGUUGUUGCUCAUAAGGUAAACCAUUUCAGAGAGUAUAUCCCAAAAGCAUUUCCAUAUUGUGACUCGUUGAUAAUAGAUGGAGAAAUCCUUCUUGUUAAUACGAAGACUGAUGAAAUUCUUCCAUUCGGAACGUUGGGAGUUCACAAGAAGGCUCAAUUCCGUGAGGCUGCCGUGUGCUUCUUCGUGUUCGACUGUAUGUUCUACAACGGGAAAAGUCUUCUGAGUGAACCACUAAGCAAGCGGAGAGAGAUUCUAACGGCUUAUAUGUCAGUAGUAAAGCACCAUGUGCAGUUAUCAGAGAUGGAGGGAAUCCGGAGUCCUGCAAGGCUCAAAGCCAAUAUCGAAGAUGCUAUCAACAAAGGCUUGGAGGGUCUCGUUUUGAAGGAUCCCGCCAGUCCAUACGAGCCUGGCAAACGUCACUGGCUGAAGGUAAAGAAGGACUAUCUACAAGGUGGAACGAUGGCUGAUUCCGCAGAUCUUGUUGUUCUUGGAGCAUACUUCGGUACCGGCAAUAAAGGCGGCAUUAUGUCGAUUUUCCUCAUGGGCUGCUAUAAUCCCUCUACUAAACGAUGGGUCACCGUGACCAAGGUGCACGGAGGUCACGAUGAUGCGACGCUUCAGAGAUUGCAGAAGGAGCUUCAGAUGAAGAAAAUUUCAAAAAAUCCAAACCUUGUGCCGUCCUGGAUGGACGUAAAACAGCAGUUGGUGCCGGACUUUGUUACAGUAGAUCCUCUCACCAGCCAGGUGUGGGAAAUCACAGGAGCUGAAUUUAGUAAAGCCGAAGCCCACACUGCCAAUGGAAUAUCGAUUCGAUUUCCGCGAGUUUCCCGUAUUCGAAAUGAUAAAUCCGCGGAAGAUGCUACGUCACUGGAAGAACUCAUUCGACUUUUCAAUCUGUCGAAAAGGCAGGUCCUAAAAUUAGAUGACGAAGUAGGAAACCAUAUCACCCGUAGUAAUGAUGAAUUACUACCUGGUGAGACGCGAGACGGAAAUAAAUUUAACACAAGUACGCCGGAAAAAAACAAGAAAAAUGCCAGAGAUCGUUUCGAUAGUGCUGGUAAUGAGUCCUGCGAUAAAUCACCGAAGAAGGGCAAGAAAGAGUCUAUUUCACCUGCGAAGAUACUAACGUCAUCGCCCUCUAGAAAAGCCAAUAGCCGGACAGUAAAGAACAACACUGAAAAAAAAAUUACAUUUAAAAAAGAUGAGAGUUCACUGUUCACUGUCGAUUCUUCUGCAUGCACAGGUGAAGACGGAGAAAAAGCAGAAGGAGUGAAUAGAGCACGUCGUCGACUUCCCGAAUGUGAUUUACCCAGAUUGUUUACUGGUAUAGUUGUAGAAACAUUACCAACCGAUUUUAGAUACUAUCAAGACCUUUCAAGGUAUUUUAUUGCUUACGACGGAAAAAUAAGUAAGAAGGGUGUCACCCAUGAAAUCGGUACAAAGAAAGGAACAGUUUGCAUUGACUGGAUCUGGGAGUCUAUAAAAAGGCGGACCAAAGUCGAUAUUGACAGCUACAUAAACUGAGACAGCAACCCGUAAAAACUUAACUAGAUUAUUAUUUAUUUGACUGAGGCUUGGAUAUACUAUGUAGUUUAAGGGAAUGUCAAAAUAUUUUCGUACUAUUUGGGAAAUAUGCACGUGGUCGAAAAAUUAUAAGAUAAUACCUUACUAUGGCGCUAUAUUUCUCGCUUUGUCAAUUGUAAUAAAACUAUCUGUUUUCUUAGUCACUCCGAAGCAGCGCUGUUCUAAAAAUACACUGAUUCAUUUCAAUACAACUUGCUAAUGAACGAAAUAAAUACCCCAUUCUGAUUGUGUCAGUUUUUUUACGUACUGUUCUUUUAUGUGUCUUGUAAAUUGACGAAGUAUCGUCGAGAAGCGCUGCGUUGUAGGACAUAUUGAUUUUUGAAAGCCGAUCAACAAGGAAAUGACUAACUACAUACAACUGUCGCAUUUUGAGGUCACGUUAAUAUUGUUCUAAAUGGUAUGUCGGGUUAUGAAUUUUGAUUCUGACGGUGCCAAGUGCAAACCGUAUAGGGAUACUUCUACACUUGGAAGGUCAUAGUUUUGCGAGUAUGUCCGAACUGUGUCGAGGGCGGCCAUAACUGUUUUUGUGCUUUUUCGCAUAUAGGUUUGUUUUAAUAAGCAAACAGUAUCUCUAACGAAAAUUGAUUCAGUGCUGUAAGCUACACGACUUCCUCACAGAUUCCAAUAAUGAAUUGGCAAUGUUUUUUGUAUGGUUCUCUUAACAACGGUUGAGGAUUUAUAAAUACAGAUCUUCCGCAGGUGGUUUUUUUUCUAAGAAAUGUUUCUACGAUGAAGCACGCUAGCCAAAUAUCUAAUCAGGAGGACCGAAAAAUCGAAGCAAGAUAACAAAAUCUUUGGCACAAACUGUCUAGAAUUCUUAAAGCAAAGUGAUGGGACGGAACGAGUAGCAGGAUUGUUUGAACAACAGUUCCUGAAACCAGAUGAUGGGGAAGCUAUAACUAGAACGAUAAGGGAAACCGCGUGGGAUAACAGUAAUAGUAUUUAUAAUUCUUUUAGCUUUUAUAAAGCUUUUAGUAUAGGUAAGCCUACCUAAAACCUAUGAUCUGUCAGCAAAUGGUUAUAUUCCUAUUGUAAGACGACUGCAGCACUG